AUGGAACCAAAACAAAAGAAGCUGAAGCUGGAAAGAUAUAGAAGAAGAAUUGGAAUGUUACAGGCAUUCUCUAAUGUGUCUAACAAAAUCUGGGUAUUUGUGGAUGAUGAUCAUGGGGUGGACAUAAUACUUAAUUUGUCUCAACAGUUGACUUUGAAACUCACAAAUCUGGUUACUCAGCUGUCUUUCAUGGUUACAUUUGUGUAUGCAAAAUGUGACUCUAUUGAGCGUAUAGAAUUGUGGGACAGUUUAUACAAUCUGGCAAGUGAUAUGACCUUACCUUGGCUAGUGGGUGGGGACUUUAAUGUCAUAUGGGAUGAGGAGGAGAAGUUUGGUGGACUCUCUGUGUCGCUAAAUGAGAUAAAUGAUUUUAGGCAUUGCAUAAACACCUGUAACUUGACUGAUUUGGGUUUCAAAGGUAGUGUGUAUACAUGGUGGAAUGGGAGAGGUGAAGAUGACUGCAUAUUCAAAAGAUUGGACAGAUGUUUAGGUAAUUUGGAUUUACAACAGAAUUGGCCUAAUAUAGAGGUGACUCACUUGUCCAAAACAGGCUCGGAUCAUAGUCCAAUGAUUCUGAAAUUUGAUCCUGAUGUGGCACCUAUCAAAAAAGCUUUCAAAUUUUUGAACUUCUGGUGCAAGCAUAUAACUUUCAAGGAGGUGGUUAUACAAAACUGGACAGCAGACUUCAUAGGUGACCCAUUUUAUAUGUUCAAUCAUAAACUGAAAAAACUGAAAAAGCACUAUCGAUAUGGAGUAGGGCAACGUAUGGAGACAUAUUCCAAAAAAUUACUAGUCUGGAAAAGGUGGUUAUUGUACAUGAAGCACAGUUUGAAAGGUUUCCUACAUACCAAAAUAGAGAGAGGUUACAAAAGGUGCAAGCAUAGCUUAUUCGAUAUCUGGCAUUGGAGGAAGAAUUUUGGAAACAAAAGUCGGGAAUGA